GUGAUACAAGUUUUGGAUUCAUAGCUGAGGUCCUUCUGUGCUUUCCCAGGACUUUCACUUUGGUGCUACAAGGCCUGUGGAUUCUUAGUUCCCUGACUAGGGAUGGAACCCGGGCCAUGGCAGUGAAAGUACCAAGCCCUAACCACUGGAUCGCCAGGGAAUUCCUGAGUCUCUUUUAAGGCAUGAUCAGCUUUAGAUUUGGUUUUAGCACAGAAAUAAUCUGCAGGUGGUAUGUGUGUUUCCAGAGUCAGGACAUGAUGUAGGCUUGGGUCUGUCUGUGAUGUAGGAAGCCAUCCACAGUCUUCACCUGGAUCAUUUUUAAUUAGAGAGCUGUGUGUGGGGGACCAAGUCCUGGGCCCAGAGCCAUUUUUCUGGCUAGGGUGUUCUCCCUUCUCCUCUGCCCUUGGAGGGGACAUCGCCCCAUGGCUCUGGGAGGCAUGUUCAGGAAUGCAGCGGCCAUCUAUUUGCACCUGGUGGGGCCCCUCCGGGGAAAGAAGUCUGGAGCUUCGCUCACCCGGUAUUUGCACCGGACUCUCACCAUGGCUAAACGGCUGCAGGCUCGAAGGCUGGACGGGAUCGACUACAACCCGUGGGUGGAAUUUGUCAAACUGGCCAGCGAGGAGGCUGAUGUUGUAAAUCUGGGCCAAGGCUUCCCAGACUUCUCACCCCCAGAGUUUGCCGUGGAAGCCUUUCAGCACGCCGUCAGUGGGGACUUCAUGCUUAACCAGUACACGAAAGCAUUUGGUUACCCACCCCUGACGAAGAUUCUGGCCAGUUUCUUCGGGAAGUUGCUGGGACAGGAGAUAGACCCACUCAAGAACGUGCUGGUAACUGUGGGUGCCUACGGGGCCCUGUUCACAGCCUUCCAGGCCCUGGUGGAUGAAGGAGAUGAGGUUAUCAUCAUCGAGCCCUUUUUUGACUGUUAUGAGCCCAUGACAUUGAUGGCAGGGGGUCGCCCUGUGUUUGUGCCCCUGAAGCCGAGCCCCACCCAGAAGGGAGAACCGGAUUCCAGCAGCAACUGGCAGCUGGAUCCCACGGAGCUGGCCAGCAAGUUCACAUCUCGCACUAAAGCCUUCAUCCUCAACACACCCAACAACCCCCUGGGAAAGGUGUUCUCCAGGGAAGAGCUGGAGCUGGUGGCCAGCCUCUGUCGGCAGUAUGACGUUGUGUGCAUCACGGACGAGGUGUACCAGUGGUUGGUCUUCGAUGGGUUCCAGCACAUCAGCAUCGCCAGCCUCCCUGGCAUGUGGGAACGCACCCUGACCAUCGGUAGCGCUGGCAAGACCUUCAGUGUCACAGGCUGGAAGGUGGGCUGGGUCCUGGGCCCGGACAGCCUCAUGAAGCACCUGCGUACUGUGCACCAGAACUCCAUCUAUCACUGUCCCACGCAGGGCCAGGCCGCAGUGGCUCAGAGCUUCGAGCGGGAGCAGCUGCACUUCGGCCAACCCAGCAGCUACUUUGUGCAGCUCCCACAGUACAUCCAGCGCUGCCGCGACCACAUGAUACAGAGCCUACAGUCCGUGGGCCUGCGGCCCGUGAUCCCCCAGGGCAGCUACUUCCUCAUCACAGACAUCUCGGACUUCAAAAACAAGAUGCCUGACUUGCCUGGAGCGGCAGAUGAGCCCUACGACAAACGCUUCGUCAAGUGGAUGAUCAAGAAUAAGGGCUUGGUGGCCAUUCCAGUGUCCAUCUUCUUCAGCGUGCCCCACCAGAAGUUCUUUGACCACUAUAUCCGCUUCUGUUUCGUGAAGGAUGAAUCCACGCUCCGGGCCAUGGACCAGAAGCUGCAGAAGUGGAAGGCUGAGCUCACGCCCUGAGGUCGUGACAUCAGCCCUGGGCCCUGCCUGGUGCCUGCACACUCUGUGAGGCUCUGUCUUUGUCCAGCUCUCAGCCAUCCCAGGUGGAAGGUAGAAGGUACUGGAGGAGCCCGUCUCUGUAACACAGAAUGAUCCCAGGGAAGAGUCCUGCUUUUGGUCUCUGGGGAGUCGGGAGCACUUCCUCAUGGUGUAUGGCUCUGUUCCUGUCGCAGAGGUGAGGGAGGCCUGACCGGGGCCUCUCCCUGGUACUACCUGUGCUGGGCUGAAUGGUCUUGGGUCCCCUCGCCCCUUUCCAGGCUCAGCUGGGACUCCGAGGGCAGACUUCAAUAACAUACUGGCCUUGGUCCCAGUCCUGGCCCCAGCCAGGCCUUGGACAUCCUUCCCUUUCCUUAUCUACAUUUGUUCUUGGGAAGUUGUAUUUAAGCUUGAGUCCUCAAGCCAGUACUUUUUGCCCAUAAUAAAGUUUUAAACUAUUCA